UGAAGAUAUGCAUUAACUUCUCUUCUUUAGAAAACUAAACAACCAACCAUAUCCACAAUUCAUUAAGUCCCAUAUUCAACAUCAGCACAUGAUUCUGCCUUGGCUACCUAACUCAGGAUGGCAAGUUUAGCUACAAUUCAAAGUCUCUAGCCUCAACUAUAAAUAAACUGCUUCUAUGAGCCAUUUUAAUCAUCAAGCAGAUAGAACUUAAUCAAACCAUUGAAGAGAUCAUCAACUUUUUUCUUUCCUAUAUCCAUAAAGAAAUCAAUAUGAUAAGUGCUAAGAAACUUAUCAAAAUGGCAAGGAAAUGGCAGAAGUUUGCAGCCAAGCAGAGGAAGAGAAUUUCUUUUCCAAGAAACAAUUACCAUGAUGCAGAGAGUUAUAGCACAUCAUCUUUUACAGUUGCCAAAGGGCAUUUUGUGGUUUGUACAACUGAUCAGAAGAGAUUCGUGGUUCCUUUGGCUUAUUUUCAACAUGAGGUAAUCAGACAACUGUUGCACAUGUCUGAAGAAGAGUUUGGACUUCCAAGUGAUGGUCCUAUUAUGUUACCAUGUGAUGCCCUAUUCAUGAACUACAUCAUAUCACUCAUCAAAAGCGGUGUACCUGUAGAUCUUCAGAAUGCUUUGUUCUUAUCAGUUGCUUCAAGCCGAUGUUCAUCAGCUACAUGCCUUCAAGAACAAAGAAAUUCCCAAGUGCUAGUUUAUUGACCUAUAAUAAGUUUUGAAGUAGAUACAAAAUACUCCACAAUUGUAUAGAAUUUAAAAUUUCAUUAUUCAUCAGAUCUCCAAAUUUUUGUC